AUGACCGAAAGAGACUUAGAAGAGGCGAGCACAAUCUGCAAGGGGAAGCUGGGCAGAUAUCCUCCUUGGCCAGGAAAGAUUGUUAAUCCACCUAAAGACCUGAAGAAGCCUCGUGGGAAGAAGUGCUUCUUUGUCAAGUUUUUCGGGACUGAAGAUCACGCCUGGAUCAAAGUGGAGCAGCUGAAGCCCUACCAUGCUCACAAAGAAGAGAUGAUCAAAAUCAACAAAGGCAAGAGGUUCCAGCAGGCCGUGGACGCGGUGGAAGAAUUCCUCAAGAAAGGCAAAGGCAAGGACCAGGCAUCUCACAGCUCCGCCGAAGAGAAGAACCGGCGGAACUCCAGCGAGGAACGAGGGAAAGCGGCGGCGGGGGAAGAGAAGCGCAAAGCCGGGCUGCCCGACGGGAAGCCAAAGAAGAGGGUCUCGUCGGUCUCCUCGGAGCGAGGCUCCAAGUCCCCGCUGAAGAGGACGUACGAGCAGAGCCCCCGGAAGCGUGGACGGCCCCCCAAAGACGAGAAGGAUCUGACAAUCCCGGAGUCGAGCACAGUGAAGAGAAUGAUGACGGGGACCGUGGCGGGCUUCAAAUGGCCACCGAGUCCCGUGAAAGACGGCGACCCCCAUUUCCACCACUUCCUGCUCAGCCAGACGGAGAAGCUGGCCGUUUGCUAUCAAGCCAUCUCGAAGAAGCUGAAGGUGUGUGAAGAGGAGACCGGAUCCACGUCCAUACAGGCAGCAGACAGCACGGCUAUUAACGGCAGCAUCACGCCUACGGAUAAGAAGUUGGAUAAGGAAUUUGACCCGUUAGCGGAAGCUUUCCCUGACCCCCAGCCUGGAGUGGCCACUAACAGGAUAGGGUUCCUGGGUCUCGGCUUGAUGGGAAGCGGCAUCGUCUCCAACCUGCUGAAGAUGGGGCACACCGUCACCGUCUGGAACCGGACUGCGGAGAAGUGCGACCUGUUCAUCCAGGAGGGGGCGCGCUUGGGAAGAACCCCCGCCGAAGUGGUCUCCACCUGCGACAUCACGUUCGCCUGCGUCUCCGAUCCCAAGGCGGCCAAGGAUCUGGUGCUGGGUCCUAGCGGGGUGCUCCAGGGGAUACGUCCGGGGAAGUGCUACGUGGACAUGUCCACCGUCGAUGCAGACACGGUCACGGAGCUGGCCCAGGUGAUUGUCUCCAGGGGUGGCCGCUUCCUGGAAGCCCCCGUCUCAGGGAAUCAACAGCUGUCGAACGAUGGGAUGCUGGUGAUCUUGGCCGCCGGGGACAGGGGCCUGUAUGAAGACUGCAGUAGUUGUUUCCAGGCCAUGGGGAAGACUUCGUUUUUCCUGGGGGAAGUGGGCAACGCCGCCAAGAUGAUGCUGAUCGUGAACAUGGUGCAGGGGAGCUUCAUGGCCACAAUAGCGGAAGGCCUGACUCUGGCCCAGGUGACGGGCCAGUCCCAGCAGACCCUACUCGACAUCCUGAACCAAGGGCAGCUCGCCAGCAUCUUCUUGGACCAGAAGUGCCAAAACAUCCUCCAAGGAAACUUUAAACCCGAUUUCUACCUGAAAUACAUCCAGAAGGAUCUCAGAUUAGCCAUUGCACUAGGCGACUCCGUCAACCACCCAACUCCCAUGGCAGCUGCCGCCAACGAGGUCUACAAGAGGGCGAAAGCAUUGGACCAAUCAGACAACGACAUGUCGGCUGUGUACAGGGCCUACAUCCACUAGGGCUUCCCCCCCCCCUUCUUAUUGUUAAUACCAUGAUUAUUAUUAUGACGACGAAUACUGGGUUUUUAACUCUGGACCAGUCCAUCUCUGUCUGUCUCUCUCUCUCUCCCUCUCCCCCCGCCCUCUCCAUUUUCUUCUUUUUUUGUAAAAUAUGGGGUUGGGGGGGAACCCUCUUUGGGAUCUGCCGCGAGAGCAGGUGCCACAGCCAAGUCUCCCCGCGCCGGCAGAAGCAAGAAUCGGAGAUGAGGGAGGAAUCCGGUCAUUGGCACCUCGAUGGCGGAUCCGUCACCCCCCACGCUGAGAGUCACAGAAUGGAAUUGGCGACAAGUCAUCCCCGGACGCUGGACUCUUGUCGGAAUAUCCGCUGCUUGGUUUCUUCCACUCCUUGGUUGUACGAGUGUCCCUGACUUUGCAGUUUCUUUUUAACCGCUUUCACUUUUUUCUUUUUCUUUUUUGGCCGUGGGUACCGCGUACGCUGGCCCUCUCGUGUGCUGGGGACACUUAAGCGGCAGAAAUCCCCGUCCGCCCGCAGUCCAACAGCUCCAGGCCUUCAUUGGGAUGGGAACCUGUCUCCCAUGGGGCUGACCUGUCCCUGGAGGAACAAGCGAGUCAAGAAGGCAGAGGCCCCAAACUCUGCGUAGCGUCUCGACACCAAGCCCCCAACACCACAAAGGAGAUAUUUCUCAUAAGAUCGACAGAACCAAGCCUUCGGAUUCCCCUACCCAAUGCAGUUUGGUUUUUAGAACACUGGGCCGUGCAUGUGGCAGCAGAGCUCCGUUGCCUGGGAUGCAUUUGCCGACACUGACACGCCCCCCCCAAAGGUUGAUCUGCUCCAGAGAUCAUUCCUAAACCAGUUUUGCUUUUUUAAAUAAUUCAGGCAAUGAAGUAGUUAUGUUUGCGUGUGUUUUAGACGAGGGGAAGAAGAGCGAACCUUCGUAUUCUUUUGAGACCCGUGCUGAAACUCCCUGCAUCGCCGUGGCUGCUGGCUUUUGAAAGAGAAUUCUUGGAGCAAAAGCCCCGGGGCGAGAAGGUGUGCUCUGAGACUCAGCUUGGGGGAGCUUUGGGGUCUAGCAGGAACCUCGGCUGCCAUGUUUUUCCAUCGCUGAAACUGGAAGCAAAAUCUGGCCUUUAGCAACCGUUGACUAGCUAGUGACCUGUGGGCGGAAAUGGCGGCCUCUGCCUUGGCGUGGCGCGGUCUCUUUGGUGCAUUUCUGAACUCUCCUGUCAAACAGGCUCUAGUUGUUGCAUCUGGGGAAUAUCUUAAAAAAGAGAAAACGGCUGAUGAAGUUAAAGCCUUUUUAAGACCUGUCACCUUGUUGAUCCCGUAGAAAAAAGUAAAUCGGGAGCCCAGGCAGCCGGUUUGAGACAUCCAGCUCAUGUUAGGGAGCAGAAGACUUUUUCACGCUGAGCAAAACUUGGGGAAUAUCCUGUCCUGGCGGAACGGCUGACCCCACGGAAGAUAUCACCUCGAACCCGUAGCAUAGUCGCUCUCUCACUCUCCAAAGGAAAUGUAAAGAAACGUGAAUGCCCUUUCAAACUCUGAAGUCUUUUUUUAAAAGGAAAAAAAUACCCUUUCAUCAGUAUUAGUCUUUUGGCAAGAGCCGUGGGCCGAAGCUCAGAAGGUGUGCAUGGCAAGGGGGUCGGGAUCUCACUGGCACAGCCCCACCUGAAUUUCACGUUUGUACCGGCGCCCCAGAGUGCCAGCACCAGUCAACCCUUUCUGCGCCGUGACCCCAUCGCCCUGAUUUUUAUGGCGAGCUGGUGAUGCCAAUCUUACUCUCCGUAUUGGUCUGCACGCGGGCCAUUGCGCUUACGCCGCAUGCGUCAGGUGGAGGUCUAGGGGCAGUGCAGGGUGAGGGCGGAGUGUACAUUCCUGGUGGCAGCGUAAGGUCAAGGUUUCUUGGGGGUUUUGGGAGGGGAAGUGCCGGCAAGCACAAGCCGUCUUUAUUAGCGUGCCUGAUCUUGGGAGUUCCUUCUUCCUCCUCCAAGCUGCUUUUGAAAACUUCACCCAGCCAUCCACCCAGAAAAGGAAGCAAACAAAUAAGAAUCCAGCUCUCCGGGGUGGUCUUGCGCGUUUCACACAUUGGAAAUUAACCCGAUGUCCAAUCUCACUGUGUGGUGGUGGUGGUGGAAGGGGGAAGUCGCGUAGCUUCCAAGAGUAUGGGGCCAUGCACCCGAGGGUCCUAACCAGGACAGCUCAAAACCCAGCGAUCUUUGCCUUAGUGCAGUCCUAGCAUAGGGUGGGUUGUGAACCAACAGCAAGCAGAUCUUUCUGAAUUUAUUUUUCCCCUGGAGAAAAUGGAGGAGGAGUUUGCAGCUUCCUGGGGCGAGAAGAACCAAGAUCGGCUUAACGGGGGCCGAUCUUAAUGUUUCCCGCAAACCUGGUAAGCCCAAGAAGAGAGGACGGCACAGACCCUGAGAUGGUGGCCUGUGAAGGUCUGGCUGACUCAGAAUGAUGGCUGGGUUCACCUUUUGCAGCAGAGACACACACACACAUCCGUUGGUACCUGAAAGGAUAGCCGGGACAUGGUGGCAUAAACUCCGGUGGGCCAGAAGCAAGCGCUGACCUAUUGGCUCAUGGUCUGGUAGACCUGUGCGUUUUCCAGUUGCCACAUGGAAUAGCCUGCUGUUCACGCCCCUUGAAAAGGAAGCCGGUGGUGUUCUAAAUCCUUGGGCUGGGUGUGUUCGAAUCCCACUAGGUGGUUCCAGGUCGGAGGGGAGAGGAUUUAAGUUUGGUUUGCAAGAAAACACGACGGACCCCGGCUUCGGUCAUUGUUGUCUUAAUAUUGUAAAGUUCCUUUUUCUUUUUUUAAAUGAGGGUUUCUGUUUUAGCAAACGUUUGUUUUUCCCCCCGUUUUGUUCCCUUCCGUUUUUAAAAGAGGAGGAAAAAAAAUGUGACACUUGUGAAAAGCUUGUAAGGAAAAAAAACAACCAGAAUUUCUUUUAAAUUUCCCCACCCACCCCCUCCCCUCUUUCAAUCACAAAUCUAUAGGUAAUUAAGGUUGUGAAUUUUUUUAAAUGUUUUUUGCCUUGUUUUUAAUUAACGUUUGUCAUUCAAAAUAGGAUGUGUGGUGAUGAUUAAAUGGCAAAACCCGAUGAAAUGAUUUUUUUUUUCCUUGUGCAAUGAACUAAGCUACUGGCUUUAAGGAAAUAAAAACCUUUCUUGGUAAACA